UCAAGACAUUUUCAGAUUAAAUAGGUUUCAAAAGAUGGUGAAGGAAAGAAACAAUGCAGUGGUUGCCACAGUAGUUCUGGUGGGUUUGUUGGUGCUCCAUUGUAAGAUGGUUGAAGCUGUAACUCAUGUUGUUGGUGGUGAAAGUGGUUGGACUUAUGGCGUUCAAACAUGGCCUUAUAAAAAGAAAUUUAAGGCUGGUGAUACUCUCGUAUUUAAUUAUAGCCCAAAGGAACACAACGUGGUGUCUGCAAGGAAAAAAGAGUAUGAUAAAUGCAACCCAUCAUAUGAUUCAAAAGUAUAUAACACAGGACACGAUAAAAUCAUAGUUAAAAAGGGAGAAAACUAUUUCAUCUCCGGUUUCAAAGGCCAAUGCGCCUCUGGACUCAAAUUAUUCGUUCAUGCAGAAUAAUCAUCCGCCUGCCUUCUCAUGAUAUAUAAAAAUGUACUAAAUAAAAUGUUGGCUGAGUGGCUUGACAUGCAUGUAUGGUUUUUCUUUCGUUUCCAGGAAAUAAAGCUAUAUUUUUAAUUAUUGAAA